AUGAGGGCGCAUCAGGCUCUCCGAUUGGCUGGUCGACGACUACAGCGGCCGCUUCUGUCACCACCGAGACCGGCUUCAACGAUCCUGCUCUCCUCUUCAUUCUCAUCUUCGUCGUCUUCAUCAUCACCGGCUUCAGCAGCAGCUUCAUCCUCCGCAGCAGAAACACAAACAUCCCGGCCAGCUGCUCCCGCCCCGUCAAAUCCUGCCCUCAACUUCCCCUGCCUCGACGCAAUCGAGUCCCGCUCCGCACGGCUCAGCGCCGAUUCCAGCUCCGCUUCCCGGGCCGGCCUCUCAUCUUCUUCUUCAUCAUCUUCAUCUGCCGGCCCCGAGCCCUCGUACACUUCCGGCGACACCCUCAACUACCACUGUCGUGAUCCCUUGCUGCUUGACUGGGGCGGCGUUCUGCCCUCCUUCAACAUCGCCUAUGAGUCGUGGGGUCGUCUCAACGCUGACAAGUCCAACGCCAUCCUCCUGCACACCGGGCUUUCAGCUUCUUCUCACGCCCACUCGACGGAUGCCAAUCCCGCUCCCGGCUGGUGGGAGAAAUUCAUCGGCCCCGGAGCUCCCCUAGACACGGACCGCUUCCACAUCAUCUGCACCAACGUCAUCGGCGGCUGCUAUGGCUCAACCGGCCCGGGCAGUGUCGAUCCGGGCAACGGCGAGAACUACGCGACCCGGUUCCCCAUCCUGACCAUGCAAGACAUGGUGCGCGCUCAGUUCCGCCUGCUGGACCACCUCGGCAUCGACCGUCUCUACGCCAGCGUCGGCUCCAGCAUGGGCGGCAUGCAGUCCCUCGCCGCAGCAACUUUGUUCCCUGACCGUGUAUCCCGUGUCGCUACCAUCAGCGGCUGUGCCAGAAGCCAUCCGUACAGCAUCGCCAUGCGCCACACGCAGCGCCAGGUGCUCAUGAUGGACCCCAACUGGAACCGCGGCUUCUACUACGGCCGCGUGCCCCCCCACGCCGGCAUGAAGCUCGCCCGCGAGAUCGCCACCGUCACGUACCGCUCCGGCCCGGAGUGGGAGCAGCGCUUCGGCCGUCGCAGGGCUGACCCCAGCAAACCCCCCGCCCUGUGCCCAGACUUCCUCAUCGAGACGUACCUCGACCACGCCGGCGAGAAGUGGUGCCUGACGUACGAUCCCAACAGCCUGCUCUACGUCAGCAAGGCCAUGGACCUCUUCGACCUCGGUUACGAGAACCAAGUAGCUACCCAGGCCCGCCGCAGAGCUCGUGAGGACGCCCUUGCCACAGCAUCUUAUUCACCCUCAGAAUCUGCUGCCGCCGACCCGCACUGCAGCCUGACGCUCCCCAACGAGCCGUACCAGGAGCAGCCCGAUUCUUCGUCUUCUUCAGCAAGCGAUGCCUCCGAGGCCCUCUCGUCACCGGCAAACCCCGCGUCCUCUCGUCCCCCCGACGACCUGAUCCGUGGUCUGUCUCCCCUCCGCGACAUCCCCACGCUCGUCAUGGGCGUUGCCAGCGACAUCCUCUUCCCGGCAUGGCAGCAGCGUGAGAUUGCCGAAUCUCUCCGCCUAGGCGGAAACCGAAACGUCACUCACGUAGAACUGAGCGAAGAGACGAGCUUAUUCGGACACGACACGUUCUUGCUAGACUUGAAGAACGUAGGAGGGAACUUACGGUUGUUCCUCGACUAA